GCCGUCAUCGUCCGGUGCGACGUCGAGAAAAUGGAAUUCCCGCCUUGGUCCGCCACCACAAUCCCCGCAGAUCAUCCCGUUUUCUCGCAGGACAUUCCUCCCGUCCCAGGGCUCAUCGAGGUACCGCUGGUCCUCCACCGCGUAGGCACUCGGUCCGCCAACCGGACGUACCUCAACAUCAACUCCGACUCCGGCUUCGCGCCCCCGGCGUGGCAGUCACAUGUCGGUACCAUCGUGGUCGCGCGCAAGGAUAGGUCCAGUUAGCUUCUGGAAGGCAAUGGCGUUCAACUCGACGGAUG